AUGCUGUUCGGAGUGAAGGACCUGGCGCUGCUGGAGCAUGGCUGCCAGGCGCUGGAGGUGGACAGCUCGCGGUCCCUGAUGAUCCUGGGCAUCCCCGAGGACUGCGGCCACGAGGAAUUCGAAGAGAUCAUCCGGGCUCCCCUGAAACCGCUGGGCAAGUUCGAGGUGGCCGGGAAGGCCUUUCUGGAAGAGGAGCGAUCCAAGGCGGCCAUCAUCAGGCUGAUGGGCGACAUCAACCACGCCGCGAUCCCCAGGGAGAUCCAGGGCAAGGGCGGCGCCUGGCGGGUGGUCUACCUGCCCCGCAAGCAGGACAUCGAGUUCCUGACCAAGCUGAACCUCUUCCUGCAGAGCGAGGGCCGGACGGUGGAGGAUGUGGCCCGGGUCCUGCGGCAGGAGCUGUGCCCGACGCUGCCGCGCCCCGGAGAGCCGCCGGCCAGGAAGCACUGGGCGCCGGGGCCCGCGGAGAGGCCGGGGGCGGGGGCCGCGGCGGGGCUGGCCCGGGAGCCGCCUCUGGACGCGGCGGAGGACAGCAAGGCCGGAGAAGGCAAGAGGGGCAAGCGGAAGCCGAAGAAAAACCGCCGACGGCACCAUGCAUCGGACAAGAAGCUGUGA